CUCACUCCCCCCGCCUCUCUCUCCGUCACAUCAGGGUUUUCCGUCGAUCUGCGCGGAUUUGGCUUAUUUAUUUAAUUACUCGUUAUAUAAUACGCACUGACUUAAAACACACGCACUCACUCUCUGACCGUCCUCAACCUACUAACGGAACAGAUGCACUAGUCCUCUUAACAGACCCGAGGCAACAGCGCUGACCUGAAUUUCCCCCAGACCUGUUUCCCAAACUGAGGCGGUCCACUCUGAGCAUACGGGCUAACAGAUACACAGGAAGACAGACAGCAGUGUCAGCAGCUACAUCUACAACAUCCCCCCACCCCUAAAUCGUCCUCUUCUUUAUCACGUCUGACAUGGCGGACCCCAGUCUCACAUCGCCCUCUGGGACCCCUCUGCGCUCCCCCAGCAGCUCUGUCACCCUGUCCUUCCCCUUCUUGAGCGAGAGGAGCCGGGUGUGGGAGGAAGGAAGGGAGCAGCCCCUGCCACGAGAACUGCCCAGCCCACUGCCGACCAAACGCACCCGCACAUACUCUGCCACUGUGCGCGCUCACUCAGGUCCAGUUUUUAAAGGAGUAUGUAAGAACUUCUCCAGGUCACAAGGUCACGGUUUCAUCCAGCCUUCCCACGGCGGUGAAGACAUCUUUGUUCACAUCUCAGACAUCGAGGGGGAAUACGUCCCAGUCGAGGGAGAUGAAGUCACAUACAAAGUAUGCCGGGUCCCGCCCAAAAACCUGAAGGUGCAGGCGGUGGAGGUGAAGAUCACACAUCUCAAGCCAGGAACGAAACAUGAGACCUGGUCUGGGCAGAUCAUCAGCUCGUAGGGAGAGAGCUGUGGGCCUGGUGGGCUGCACUGGACUGGAUUUGGUGUGCGUUGAAAGAGGUGCUCUGGGACUGACACUUUUUUUUAAAGGUUUUCCUUUCACAGAAAACGUGCCCGGUGUUACAAAGAGUCCAUAAUGAAGUUGUUGUUGUGUCCACCCUACAGAGCUGACAUAUCCUGUUUAAAAGUGUCCACUGCUCUCAUGAAUUUUGUUUGGGAUUGUAAACUGACCUGUGAGAGCUUUGAAAGGAUGGGUCUGUAAAGGAUGAAAAAACAGAAAAAACAUCAUGCACCUCUGUUAUAUUGUUCUGAAAAUUGACAUAAGUGAGGAGUAAACUGAGGAGAGAAAGUUGAACAACAGGCUGGAUUCGGUUUUACUUCCCGUCAUAGCAGCUCACCAAAGUUUCAGGGAUCACAUGUCUGGCACUUAUCACAACAUACUCAUAUGUCCAACUUUGAACAGAUGAGUAGGAACUUUAUAUUCAAUGUGUUAAAAUAUUAAAAAAAAAUAUUAAGAGUAUUAAGUCUGAAAAGAUCUGAAGUACUCUGUUUCUGAGACAAAGAAGUUAAAACUGGUUUAGUAUUAAAAACCCACAAAAACUAAAUCCUUACAAAUCUUACAAUAACUACUUCCAUAUUUGCACCCUUCACAGGACCUCCUUUUUGUUUCAGAUCACCAUUUUAAGACACACAACUGAGAGGGAAAUGUUCUUCUGUGUUAUUGUCAAUGUUAGAGUAAACUUUAAAAUGUUGUCUGUUGUGAUGGGAGACCGAGGCAGACAAGAUCAAACAGUAACAUUUCAAAAACAUGAAACAUAUACAGGCUUCUGCAAGCGUUUCCUUUAAGAAUAACCACCUUUUGCUGUAUUGUCUUGUUUGUGGUCACUUCAUUUUAUCGUUCGCUUGUUGAUUUGUUUGUGUGUGUGUAUGUCAGACUACAGGCUUUGUGUUUCAAAUAAUGCAGUUAAAAGUUGCACUUAAGAAACUUUCAAUAUGAAAACUGCAGCGGUACUCGAGACAUUUGUCUUAGUUUGUUUAAAAAAAAAAUCCUUUCGCCAAAGGAUCUGGGGCCAUGGAUUACUUGUGUGUAAAUCUUUUUUUCUAUUCAUAGAAAUAUAUAUGUGUGUGAUUUACUGAGUCAUUGUGAUUGUGAACUGCCAAUGCGUUCUCUUCCCAGAGCGUCAAAUCCUGCUGUUCUCUCAGAUGCGGCUAGCGUUGGCAAAUUAUGCAUAACAUGUCCUUUGAUGCCUGGACCUCGACACACUGCCUGUGGCAUUUGUGCAUGCUGCAAGUUAAUGGCCCUCUUUUAAAGUCCACAUGAGGAGCUUGAAGGGAUGGUGGCGCUGCAACUCAGAAGUUAGUUAGCCAGGAUUCAGUGGUUUGCUUCCUGUUUGAGAGCUUAACGCUUUGAAAUGUGGUUUACUUGUUUUUUGCUGGAUGAUUUUAGUUUUCAGGCGCUUUUUAUUUUCACUUUUACUUACUAAUCAUGUUUAGGCACUGAACACUGCUUGGUUUAUAAAGAGCUGCUUUCCCAGCGAGUUUAUAUAUGACAUGUUAUCCUAAUUAUUUCACCACUUUUUUGUCACUGUAACGUCUAACAAAUGCAAAAAUGUCAAAAAUAAAUCUUGAAAGAUGGGGAAAAAUGUGAUCCUAAAGGGUUUUUGUAACACACCUAAUGUCUAAACCUAAAAGGCCACUGUGUGUGUAAUUGGGAGACGCCAGUGGCUUUACCAAAACAGCAGUAUUAGACGCCAUGAGAACGAGAACGGGCUGCAACCAACUUGACUGCGGAGUUGCAGAGCUGGGUGCCAAUAGUGCAUAUUGUCAUAUUGUUGUUCUUCAGGUUAAAAACUGUACUGUAAAUCAUUUUAUGCGUUCCACUGAGUCUCUGUCUUUCUGUCAGUGUCACUGCCCGAGUUUUUUGUUUUUUCAUUGUGAAAUUUUCCUUCAUUAAUAGGCGUUUUUGUCUUUCUGUAGACGAGCCACCAUUGUGGUCAUCCUAGUCAUCACUUCUACUGAGCCUUGAAAGAACAUUAAAGCAGGUUAUGAAUCAGU